AUGCAUUUUCCCGCACAAAAAACAACUCCACACAGCGAGAGAGAGAGAGAGAGCAAAAAAAUUGCGACAAUGGAACCUUCGAACAACACCGAAACCGAAGACGAGACCAUCGCGCUCAAGAGGAAGAGGGCACGCCGCGUGAGCUUCGCCGACAACGAGAUUACCUCCGUCCACGUCUUCCGCCGCGACGACACCUCCUCCUCCUCCUCCCCCUCCGACGACGACGGCGAAGUGGUGGAUGGCAGAGAAUCCUUCCUCCGGCCAAUUGGCACCCCCUCUCCCGGUGGUAGUAGCACCACCGCCGACGACGGCGAUGCAGAGGAUGAUUUUCAUGGUCCCAUUUCGGCUUGUUUCAUUAGACCUGAACGCUUGUCUGAUUCUGGUGCAUCUGAUGAUGUUACUUUGGACUCAACAAUGUUCUCAUUGCAUUAUCGGAGUCUUGCUCGUUCCGAUUCAGGGGAUCUCAAGACGCCUUCGAGUUUUGGCAUGGAAACGCCCAGUGAAAGUUGCAGCCUCCCGGGAAGUUUCAUGGAACUCACCAAGGCUAAUAAGCAGUCUCAUGUGCCUGCUGAUGCGGCGGCAAGUGGCGGCAGAGACUCGAAUGACAUGAGUGUUGAAGGAGAACGUCCUCAGAGCUAUGGUUAUGAUGUAUUAUCUCCUGCAUUGGGUGCAAUUUUGGCAGAGGGAAGCAAGGAUUUGUCUGCUGUCUUGCCAUUACAUUUCAAGGCCGCAGAUUCACCACAUAUAAAUGAUAUGUCAGUUGCUGCUCCAGCUCCCGAUUCUUCAUUUAAGGAAAUUAAGGAGUUUGCUAAUGAUGCAACUGUUCCGGUUCCUAAACAAUUAGGCUUUGGCAAUGCUAAUAGAGGAACCCCACAAAAGAUGGAUGAAGGCUAUCAGUUAAAUUUGUCAGCUCAGUUUGAACUUGGUUAUAGCAAAGGCCAGGUAACUGAAAGUAAUCCUAAAGACAGAGGACAAUUGUCUGACUCCAACCAUAAGUCUGAUAAAGUAAAUGGAAAUCCAAUACAUGGGUUUACACCAUUGUCGUUUGCUGGAAGAAAACAAUUAUUUAUAGGUUCUCCUGAUUCAUCUAGAUAUACUGGAAAUAUAACUUCUCCCUUAAAGAAAUCUGAUUUGUUUGUGCCAGAGGUAUAUGUCACACAUGGUGCCACUCUGUCAUCGAUACGUAAUAGCAUUUCAAAGUUGCAAGCUCUUGACAGUACUCCCAGCACGUCAACUCUCAAAGAAGGAAUUGAGAGAUUGAAAUGUAGGUUGUCAAAAUAUUCUCCUGGGACUUCUCUUUUUAAUGAAAAAGAUCAUGAGCACAAGCAAGUUGAAACUCUCCAUGCUCCUGUGAAGGAGCAUCUGUUUAGUUUAACUCUAGAGAAUGACAUUCAUCAAGGUUUGCUCAACACUGAUGAUCAUGGAAUUGAGCCUUUUAGAAAUAUUAGCAAUUUAAGUCAAAAUGAAGAGACUGUAGACACCAAAAAGGAUGAGGAAAACUCUAAUUUGAUUUCUGCUGAUGUUUCUUACAAUGUAAAAAAUCCCAAGCCUGUGGAAAUGACAUCUUCUCCCUCGCAGAUGACUCAUUUAACCCGAGUGAUAGAUUUUGACCUGGCAGAUAGCGCAGAUGUGAAAAGAAAGGAUGAAAUUCUAAUUGUUACUCAUGAUAAACGUUUUUCUUCCCCUGUGAAAUCAUUUGACCAGAAUUUAUCGCCAUAUGUAGAAGGUCAAAGUUAUUGCCAUGGUGAGUUGAAACUGCUGGAUAAGCAGAAUGAAUGUGUUUUUAGUGGUAUAGGGCAAGCAACUGAAUGCAACACACAAGCAAUAGCUAACAAAUUGGAGUUGUCUGGUUUUAGAAGCAGUGAACAGCUUAGCUCACCUUUUGAGGUUGCACAGUUCAACGAAUUUGCUAAGAGUGCAUCAAAGAGAAAAUCGACUGAAAGUCCUGCUAAGAGAGUUCUAGUUCUGAGCACUCCUAUCCAAGAAGCAACUACUCUGUUGCCUUCCCUGCAAGAGCCUCCCAGCGAAUUGCUGCACAAUAAUAUGCAAGACAUGUCCAUCAAGGGAAACUCAGAUGGUCAUGAUCUUGAUAACAACUACCGUCUGGCACUCCAAGUAGCUCAGAGCUCUCUUACCAAAUCUGGUAUUGAGAUUCCUUCUGGGAAGAAAAGAAAAGGUGUUGAGAUACUAAGUGGAGACAAUAUAGAUAUAAUGGGGAGGAUUGACAAAAGUCUAGAGGUUCAUAAAAGUGAGAAUAGUGACCUACAGUUAGUUUCUGAGCAAACUGGUUAUAUGACAAGUGAAAGAGAGAAGCUUGAAGAUCAGACGUGGAAUGAUUGGGAUCAUAUUCUAAAAAAUUUCUUAGGGAGCACAAAACAGUUGCUUUCUCCAUCAGUUGAUAAGCUAAAUUUGAGAUUGAUUGGCAUGCUGGAAGAUACUUUGGUUCAUCGGCAGAAAGUUAAGAAAUGUGAGAUUAUUUGUUCUGAAAUUCAAUCUCAGGAAAUAAUGGAUCUUGUGAGUAUUCCUAGACAUAAAAGAGUUGUGGAAACAAGAAUGUUGCUGUUUAAGAUAGCGUAUGAGAAGGCAAAAUUACAAUUAAUGCAUAUGAAGCAUGAGAGAUUACUGAAAAAAGUACAAAGUUUGAGUACUUGUCUCGAAGAGGCUCAGAUGAAGUUAAAUUUCAUCCCAUGUUCGUCUAAGAGUGGGGCAAUUGACACUCAUGUUGAUGAUAGUUAUAUCCGUAAUAACUUGUUUAAUUCCCAGGGAAAAUGUCAGGUUUCUGGCAAAAAAGUGAUGGAAAUGAGGCAGGAGCUUGAAACUUUGGACGGGAAAGCAAAAUCUUCAAGUGAAUUCUUAUAUAGUUACUGCAAGAUGGUGGGGGAUAGAAGCUUUUCCGACACCAUAAAAUCUGUUGCUGAUUAUUUGCAGAAGAGAAUGUCUCGCCAGUUUAUAUUCCAGAAUUUGAAGUUGUGGGAUAUUGAUGAUUUUGAGCAUAAGGAUGGUUGUUACAGAGUUCUUCUCAACUAUUGUGGUUAUAUCAUCCAAAGGUUCACAGUAAAUGCUGGCCUAUCCAGCGUAAGAAUAUCGAAUAACUUAAAUGAUGUGAACAUUGUGAAGACCUUUCCAGAGAUGGAUGCUUUUUCUGCAUUUGAGUUUGUCUUUAAUUCUUAUACCACUAAGCAAUUCACUGGUUCAAUAACUAUGGCACAAGAAACACAGAUAACAAGUUCACUUCUAAGUAAUUUGCUAGAUGUGAUUGAGGAGGUUCAAUUAGCUCGGAUAGAGAUUAGAAAUUUGGUCCAGGCAAAGUUCUAUCCUCAUUCAGUUCAGCAGCUUCGUUUGCAGCUAUCUUUCGUUGACUUUAGUAGUGGGAGGAAGGUGGAAGUGACGCUUGAUAUGACAAGCUUAAAAUGUGGGGCCUAUCCUGUAGAUCUCCUUCCAUCUCAAAUAUAUGAUCCUGCUCGUGGGGAACAACAGCCUCUGCCUUCGUCGCUUGUAGAUGAAAUAAGAACUGCAGUUGAGAGUGUGAAAGUUGGGUAUUCAAGAAUUAUUAGGCUUUGUCGGCGUAUUUCCCAGGUAGUUCAGGCUUGCACUCAAAGAAGUUGAUGAACAAUUUUUGCUUAUGAUUGCUUUCCAUUGUUGUCAAUUUUGGUUUUGGGUGGAUUCUCCAUUAUAGCUUUACCUUGUAUAUUUUCACGUCAUGGUGUUGCUACAAAUGGAUGAGUAAUUCACAUGCAACAUAAAAAAAAUUCGGACUAUAAUCCAAUGGAUAAUGCUGCAAGAAGCUCGAGACUUUUAUGUUUUGGUUGAAUCAGUUUUUUGAGUUCUGUGUAACUUUACUUUUUUUUUUUUUUUUUAAAAGCCUGUGCUUUAGAGACUCAGCUCUUUGUAUUGUAGCACUGCCCGUAUUCAAUCUUGCGUGACAGUAAUGCAGU